AUGUGCUUGGGACUGUGGCUUGGGAUUUAAUUAUUUACUGAUGCCACUUGUAUAGCACUUUCGAAAUUGAAUCAAUCAAUAAAAAUAAAUAAAUGCUUGCUUUACGUGCUUAUAAUUUGUUAAUUUCAUUAAUGAAAAUCUGUUCAUAGUUAUAAAUAUUCAAUUACUAUUCAAUGCAAGAUUUAAAAUACUUCUUUUGCAAUAAAACAAAUAAGAAAUGGAUGAAAAAGUAGGAAUACAUAGUGUAUUGUGUAUGGCCUGUUUAUGUGUGGAUCGUACGUUAAACAAACUUGAUAAUGAAGAUUUAAAAAAGUACUAUCUAGAUGCACUUAAUGAAAUACCGCUUCUCACACCGCUAUGUAUUGAGCCUAUAGUAUGUUGGGAAUGUUCUAUUAUACUAAAAAAAUGCCUUGCCUUUCGGGAACAAGUGAAAGAUUCAUUCAGAAUACUGCAGACUUAUUCAGAAGAGACUCUUCAAGAAUGCUUGCUGAGUGACGUCUCACGACCGCCGCGAUUAAGAAUACACGUAAAUGAAGCAAUUGACAUUUUACCAAACAAUGAGAUAAAAAUUGAACUUGAUGAAGUAACUAAUAAUGGAAAUGAGUUUCCUAAAUGUGACUCAGAUGAUGAUUUAAACGCGGAGGAAAUACAAUCAAUACCUUGUGAUGUGAAAGAUGAAUUUAAUUAUCCAGAAGACAGUGUGUCAUCUGCAAGCGACACAGAUCGUUUGUUAUUACCAAAUAAUGGAGAAAUUAAAUUGGAAUUUAAUAAUGGGGUAUAUGAAGACAAACAUACAAUUUCAGAAGAUUUCAAAAUAUGUUCAAAUUCAAAGGAAAAGUUAGGGAAGAAGAAAAUUGGUAAGAAAAGUGUGAGACAUAGAAAUGCACAAGAAAUUAAUAGAAAUGAAAUAAAUGAGGACAAUAUGACUUUACUAAAUUUAGAUAUGGAAUCUUUAGAGCAAGGAAACGACGAAGAGUUAAACAAAUCUUUAUUAAAAGAAAGGAAGAUGAAUAGACUGAGAAGGAUUAAUGUAAGGAGUAGGAGAAAGAGUGAGAUAGAGGAACAAACAAAAAAAAUAAAUACGAUACAGCUUACAUACGAUCAAAUGAUGGCGGAAAGACAAGCGAUAUCGCAAAAUGUUAGUUUUUUAAAUUCAAAAUAUAAAUGUGCAAGUUGUUUAAUCACGUUUACGAAGAAAUCCACUUAUAAUGCUCAUGUGAAGAAUCGGCAUGAUCGUAAAAAAGGAAACUAUACGUGUCCCAUUUGUCAAACAAUACUAUCAUCUAUAGAAAGAUUUGGCGCACACUAUAAGAAGCAUAUGAAAAGAUACGAAUGUGCAAUAUGUAAAAUGCGUUCGAACGACGCUAAAACAUUAUUACGGCACUACGAUAGUGCCCAUAGUAAUGGCGCUAAGAGUUAUUCUUGUGACGUUUGCGGCCAUGUUUCGAGUUCAGUGGACCAACACAGAUACCACAGGGACACACACAAGCGUCGCGUACAGUGUAAAGAUUGUGACAAAACGUUCACACAUAGAUCCGGUCUUAUGAAUCAUAGAAUAUCUGUACACGAGUCUAAAAAUGAGUUUCCGUGCCAGUAUUGCAAGAAAAUAUUUCGAUGGAAGGCGAGUCUGAAACGGCAUUUGGAGAAACAUGCCACUAAUAAUAAAAACCCCGAAGCAUUUUGCACACAAUGUGGAAUCGGUUUCGCGUCGAUAGCGUCUUUACAGCGUCACUUAAAGAACAGUUUGAAACACGUCACGCCGGAGCAGUUCAAGUUCAUUUGCGACCACUGCAAGCGUCAUUUCGCCGAUAAAACGAAACUACGUGUACACAUAGAGGAUAAACAUUUGCACGUGACAUACCAAUGUUAUAUAUGUCAUAAGCCGUCAAAAAACAGCACGUGUUUGGAACAACAUAUACGCAAUGUACAUAAGGGCAGACCUAAUAAUAAGAUGUGCCAUCAUUGCGGAAAGGGAUUUCCUACGAAGGUACAACUGGAUUGUCAUAUACGUAUACACACGGGCGAAAGGCCGUUCAUUUGUGAAUUUUGUCCAACAACAUUUUCACAGCAAUCCAACUUAUAUAAACAUCACAGACAGGUACAUCAAAGUAUAAGAAUGAAUAAAAAGAAAUUGCCAAUACUAAAAAAGGAUGAAAUACCACAAACAAGUACUGAAGUUCCGAUGGUGUUGCAAUAUAUAGCUAUGCCUGAUGUUUUUGGUGUUUAAAUAUAUGUAUUUUUAUUA